AUGAAAAAUGUAGGACUUUCGAUAAUUUUCAACGUGGAGCAGUCAGAAUACAUCGGAGAGACGACACAUUCGGCAGGUUUGAAGGUGGUUGUUCACCAGCCGAGCCGCAUGGCCUUCCCAGAAGAUGAUGGCAUCCUUGUGUCUCCCAAUGCUCUCACUCAUAUUUCAGUCACCAUGAGUAAAACAAAAAAAAUGAACGGGUUAUAUGGGAAUUGUACAGACGAGAAUGAGCCAGGUAAGGAGCCGACCAUGUAUCAAAAAUAUUUUAACGCUUCCUACUGCGAGAAGGGAUGUUUAUUUACGUGUUUGAAUGAUGAAAUAAUAAAAACCUGUGGUUGCAUCGACACGAAGUUUCCUCUCGUUAAUAAGAAAAACAGCACCCUUCAGCCGUGUUCAGUCGAUAACGACACUUCAACAAAAUGUUCUAAAAAGAUAUGGGAGGAAUAUGAAAAAGAUGGCCUGCCUUGUAAUGCAGGUUGUACCAUCUCCUGCAGUGAAACUCUCUACAAACCCGUUAUAAGCAGAGAAAUUUGGCCUUGUAAAAAUUAUCUGAAAGAGAUGGAGAAAUUGAAUAGAAAUAUUUACAACCGUUACAACCAGAGCGGACAGGACCUGGGGCAGUUCAUCGUCUUCAUUCAGGAUUUCAGCUACACCAGCAUCGAGGAGUCACCGGCUUAUGAGGUUCAGCAAUUCAGUUCGGACAUAGGGGGCAUAUUGGGUCUUUACAUCGGAUUUUCAAUACUGACCAUUGCUGAGUUUGCAGAACUGGCUAUUGACAUUUUGGCAAUUGUUAGCUAUCAAGUCCUUGUCAAGAUUAAAUCAAUUGUUCUAAACUGGAAACGAGAGAAAAGAAUACAGAAUUGCAAUCGCGUUAAUCCUAUUAAAAGAUUCCGCUGUUCAGUGAAGAUGAUAAACAUGGAGGAAGAGGAGGAGGAAGAAGAAGAGGAUUACCAGGUGGGUACCCUUGGUGGGCCUCGCGCUGGUAGAGAAUGUUCAGGGAGGAAGGCCCAUGAUAAGCAAGAUAUGACUCCAGUUCAUAUUUAA